AUGUCCUCUCCUCUUCUUGAAGUCUCCUUGCUUUCCCUCUGCCUCCUCUACGGCUCAAUCUUUUCCUUGAUUGCUCAAGCUUCUGUCCCUCCAUCUGCCAGAUUUCAGAUCCCCGUCGACACAUUUUUCGGGGCGUACUCGGUAGAAUAUGGGGCAAAUUAUCGUCUCAUAGGCAUUGAUAACUACCCUUUCCAACUUGGCUUUUACAACACCACCCCUGAUGCCUUCACUCUCGCUCUCCGCAUGGGAAACCCUCUCGCAUCUCCAAAGAUGUAUUUUGUUUGGGAAGCCAACCGAGGGAAACCAGUACGUGUAAAUGCCACUCUCACUCUUGGUGAAGAUGGAAACCUUGUCUUGGCUGAUGUUGAUGGAAGCAUUGCUUGGCAAACCUACACUGCCCAGAAAGGAGUUGUUGGCCUGCAACUCCUUCCCAAUGGCAACAUGGUGCUUCAUGAUUCGAAGGGCAAUUUUGUUUGGCAAAGUUUUGACCAUCCCACCGAUACUCUUCUAGUGGGGCAGUCUCUUCGUGUUGAAGGAACAGCUAGGCUUGUGAGUCGGGCAUCUGAAAAGGAAAACUCCGAUGGACCAUAUAGCUUGGUUUUGGAACCCAAAAGACUAGCCAUGUACUACAAGAGCCCUAGCUCUCCUAGGCCUUAUCUGUACUACACUCCAGACAAGCUAAGCGAAUCCAAGGGUCGUAUUCAGAAUGUAACUCUGUAUAGCCGAGAAGAAGUCGAUGGAUUUUAUUAUGAUUUUGCUCUUUCAACUCCUUUCCAAGAUGCCAUACUCACCACAGUCAACUACAAUAACACACUGUCGUUUCUUCGACUCGGGAUAGAUGGGAAUCUUAGGAUCCACACCUUCUAUGAUAAAGCGAACAGCAAUGAUGGAUUUCAAGUGACCUUCACCCUUUUCUCUAGAGAUUCUGGCUGGGAGAGUGAGUGUCAAUUGCCAGAGAGAUGCGGUCGCUUUGGACUUUGUGAGGAUAACCAAUGUGUUGCUUGCCCAUUGCCGAAUGGACUAAUGGGUUGGAGCAGGGACUGUCAACCUGUGAAGUCGUCUUCAUGUGGAUCCAAGAAAUUCUACUACUACAAGCUGGAAGGGGUUGAUCAUUACAUGAGUAAGCACACAAGUGGGAUUGGUCCGAUGAAUGAGGACGAUUGUCGGAGGAAAUGUUCAGGCGAUUGCAAGUGCUUGGGUUACUUUUACAACAAGGAUACAUCCAAGUGUUGGAUUGCUUAUGAUCUCCAUACCCUAACCAGGGUUGGAAACUCCACUCACGUAGGCUACAUAAAGGCACCGAAAUAACUUUCCUCAAACACUUCGAAUGGCCGAGGAAAGAUUGGUCUUGUCGUUGUUUGGAAAUUGGAAUUUAGAGUCAUGCAUCGAUUUUUACAAAUUAAGGUGGUGUUAUUUCCAAUAA